GGGAGAGCUGAGGGCCAUGCCUGCUCGCAAGAGACUGCGGCGAUCACCGUCAACCGACACCGAGGAUGAACAGCGAAUGGCCAAAGAGACGACAUACAGGACCCCUCUCCCUGGCGCUUCUCGGCCGAGCAAGCUGCGCAUUGUUCCCAGCACGGGAGAGCUCGAAUUGGUCAGUGCUGACGACCUGGCCAAACCAGGCUGGGCAGACAGGCGGCAUUCACAACGUCGCCCAAAGAUGGAGACCCCCUCGGACGAUAGCUUCAAGGCAGACGACGCGCCUAUCGUGCGCCGUCGUAGCCGACGUAAUGCUCCCGACUAUUUGCCAAACUUGCAACCGCUCCUCAAAGCCAGACAGAAACGCCAAGCGCGUUUAUCGGCCGAAGCACAGGUUGAGUCUGAGAUCAUACAGAGCGAAGAUGCGCAUGUCGAGAGUGAUGACGAGGAAUAUGGACCUAUUGUCGUCAGGAGUCAGCCGGUCGCAUUUGUCUCGCUUUCGGACGACGAAGACAUGCCACUUGCUUCCGGCCCUGCGCCUGCUUCUAUAGCAUCGAAACAGAGUCGACAAUCAGAUGAGGAAAUAAAGUUGCCGACGCCUGCUCAGCUUUAUCCUGACUAUACGAUCACCGGUCGGUACGAGAUCGACGAGCCCGGCCGGCCCAAGGUCCUCAUCCUCGUACCGAAGUCUCAUCUAUCGCGAGGCGUGCAAUGCUUCAACCCCGGGCAAUCGAUCGUACCCAUCGUGCUUGAUGGCCGCGAUCCUUUAUGUGCUGCUGCCAUCAACAAGCUACUUGAUCGCAGGCAUCCAGUCGACUCACAGCAACAAUCACCCCGAGACGAUACAUCUGCGAAGGGGGCUGCGCAAGUGCCCUCAGUUGAUGAGCAACACGCUCAAGCUGCAGAAGUUACGAGACCUGCCACGUCUACCCGCAGGCACAGCAUCUCUUCUAACAGACGCUAUACAAACGAAGAAGAUCAAACUCUACUUGACACUGUCAAUCUUCUACGACGCGAUGGCAUAACAGCUUUAGGGACGAUAGCUGAUCGUGCCAUCACGUGGCACGGCGAGAAGGGCACCGUUUCGAGAAGAUUGGCCGCACGAUCGUAUGCGUCUCUCCGAAGCCGUUGGGCUGUCUUACGCCCUGCGCUCGUCACCAACAAAGACGAGAGGACUGCCCAGCAGCAUUUGCCGAAGAGCGAAGGAGGUGAUGCCAAAGCUGUCGAUUUACCGAGCAGCGACGCCGGCUAUCGUGGAGGACCCAUUCUUGACGGUCGUUGCUCCCAACAAGCUUCCGCGGGUGCAAGGCCAGCACUCGCCGAAUGUCGCUCGCAGAAGGCGACAGCCUCCAUUCCAUGGGGACUCAGACGCAGGAUGCAGCGCUGGUUGCAGCAUUCUCCAAUUCACAAAGCAAGGCGACCAUGGCUGAUGCGUGUGAUGCUCUCCUCGCUUCGCACGGACCUGCCGGCAAGCUAUCAAACGCGCUCAGCAAUCGUACGGCGGGUGCGUGCGUCACCAGAUGGCAUGCACUCAACAAGGAUCGUCGAUAAUUCGCAUCAAGGGGCAGCAGGUGGAUUGCCGUGUCUCGCUUUGACGAGUUCCGUGUCCUGCCAUGACCGUCUACCGCAGGAAAGCCUGCGCACUGCAAGCAGGGCAAGAGCAAGCAGGCAGUGGAGUCUAGCUGCGCUCCAGCUUGUGUUGUGCCUUGCAGAAUCGUCCUCUGUAGCUACUGGCUGCGUUCCGCUAUACUGA